AUGUCGAUAUCCUCCGCUAUUGAAACGCCGGCGACCUUUCACUACAAGCCUCUGGAUACUAGAAAAUAUGAAACUCGAGUACUCAAGCUUCCCGCAAACAGCUCGGAGAACUUUGAGUUGAUCACAGUCUCACUCGAUGACGACCCAGAGUAUGCGGCUCUUUCGUAUCUCUGGGGCGACCCUCAAGAUCAAGAAAUCAUCACUGUUCAAGGCCACGAGGUUGGGGUUACCAAGAAUCUCGCUGCAGCCCUCUCUCGCCUCCGCCGGGGCGAGUCUUCAUUGGGGACUGACAGGGUGUGGGCCGAUGCCAUAUGCAUCGAUCAAACAAACCCCGCCGAGCGAUCUGAACAGGUCCAACUGAUGCGUCGCAUCUACUCGUCAGCUCUGGCGAUCUACUCGUGGGUUGGGCCUACCGACUAUACCCUGGCAUUUGAAGCCUUAAUGACGCUCGCACGUAUAAUAAAGGAGAACCUCAAAGACUACGCCAAUAGCGAAAUCUGGGCCGAAAUUUUGUCUGGUAGAGCGGUAGUUCGGCUUGACUGGCUACGACAGCACCACAACCUUUGCAUCCCCAAGGAUGAACCAGAGUCACCGCACAGAGGCAACCCAUGGCAAGCAAUUGCAUCUCUGGUAUUAGAACAAUACUGGAAACGGGUUUGGGUUUUCCAAGAGGUUGUCCUCGCUCAUCAGCUACUCUUGCUGAGCUCAGGAGACACAACAUUGGGUUGGGAGGAUGUUCGUCUGGUGACGGUCAGCAUCAGUCGGCUCACAUUCGAAGUCAACAUAAUGGAGCAGAGGUUGCCAGACUUUGUAUCUCAUCAAGCCUGGAGAUUGAUCGAAGAGAUUAACCGUAGGGGUGUUUUCAAGCUCGUGGAGAUCGGAAAGCGCAGAAUGAAGCUAUCAUCGCAAGAACUGGGAAACUACACCGGCUGGAUGACGUCUAGCUUUGCCAGCCAUUUGGAGGCGACUGAUCCAAGGGACUACAUCUAUGGCCUUCUCGGAGUCACCAGGAUCCCGAUAUCACCCGACUACAGACCCGAGAAACCGCUCUCAGAGUUGUUUGUCGAAUACGUUGCGGGAUGGUUGAAUGCCACUUGCGGGGAGACGGUGGACAUUUUUGGGCCACUGUCGUUUUUGUCAAUUGCUGGAAUCGGGCUCUUUGGACCUUCUGAUACUCUUCCAUCUUGGGUUUAUAACUAUCUAGAGAAUGCCCGCCGCAAUCACCUAGCAGGUCUCUUUGUCUGGGGAAGCAAGAUGGGACCCAUCAACACAAUCUCAGAAGAACUAGACUGCAAUCGCCCCCGAGACUUUUGCUCAUUCCUCAAGUCGUUUCUUUCACGUUAUGCACAUUACGUGUCUGGUGUCGCCUCUUUGCAGGCCAUUUGUCAGCUUCUCCUCACAGAGAAGAAAUCAAAGCCCGUUAUUAAACAGACGGUUUUGCUUGCCCUUGGUAUUGCUUCUAUCGUCCUCGAUUAUGAGAAGGUUGAUCAGGAAACCACGAAAGAGCCUCCUUGGCAUCACCAAUAG